AUGUUGUACUUUAAUUUAAAACAUUUUAAAUAUUGGAUUAAUAAAAUUGAAUUGGUGUUUUUGCCAAAGAAAUUAAAACAGCCUCAAUCAAUAUUAAUGAGUAAGUUAAUAGAUAUCAAUAAAUAUGAACAGAAAGCAGUUUCAUUGGCUGUUCAACUAAUUAAUGAAGGUGGUGUCAUAGCACUUCCCACGGAUACUGUUUAUGGACUAGCGACAAAUGCUCAAAAUCCAACUUCUAUAUCUAAAUUGUACAAUAUCAAAGGCCGUAAUCUAAAAAAACCUAUUGCUAUAUGUACAUACCAUGUAAAUGAUAUUUACAAUUGGGGAAAAAUUAGUCAUUUGCCAUUUGGUAUUUUAAAUGAAUUGUUACCUGGACCUGUAACAGUUGUACUUCAGAGAACAACUUCCUUGAACAAUUCUUUAAAUCCUAACGAGUCAAAAAUUGCUAUACGCGUACCUAACAGUGGAUUCGUGUGUAAAAUUGUUAGCCAUUUAAAAAAUCCAAUCGCUCUAACGAGUGCAAAUGAGAGCAACAAACCUAGCUCAUUGCAACCAGUUGAAUUUUCAACUCUGUGGCCCAAAUUAGAUGCCAUUUUUGAUGGCGGUCAAAUUGGGUGUUCAAUGGAAUCACGUCAAGGUUCUACUAUAGUGGAUUUAACUGUCAAAAAUCAUUAUAGUAUAAUAAGAGCAGGGUCUGCACUCCAUAAUACCAAAUCUAUACUACACCAAUUUGGCCUAAAGGAAUUAUAAUGAUGAAUAAUUUAUUAAGAAAUAUUAUUAGUGAUAAGGGACGCAAGGACAAUUCUAUCAAGGUGUCCAUUAUACAUUAUUUUAAAGAAAGAUUAAAUGAGUUUCACAGUGAGUUUAAAGAUACCGAAGAAAAAAUAACUAGUUCCAAUCAAGUUGUUGAUAAAUUAUUGUGUAACUUGGAAGCAUUUUUUUUACAUGGUCUUAAGGAAUCAUUCAUCAGUCAGUUAUCUAUUGUGAUUGGAGAUGAUGUGGAUAAAAAUGUGAAUAUCAACUUUUGGCACUAUCUUCUUGUUCUUUCUCCAAGCGGUAUUGUAGAUCAAGUAAAUAUAUAUUUUAUUUUAUGAUUAAAUAGUUUGGCUUAUUGUAUUGUUUGUACUGUAUUUUAAUUUAACGAUUUCAGAUAAAUUCAUUAAAACAUGUUAAAACUGAUGUGGGAAGAUGCCGUGCUUGGAUUCGUUGUACAUUAAAUGAUGGUGUGUUCCGUAGUUAUUUAAUGUCUGCUUUUAAAUACCGUCGAUACAUUAUUAAAUUUUAUAACAAGACGGCAAUUAUACGGGACAGUGAUAGUUUUGAACAAAUUAUUGAUCUGUUAGAAGGAAUUGAACAAUAUCAGUUUUGUCUCACUUUGAACUCAAGUCUUUUAAAUAAUUGGCCUAACAGCACAUUAAUGUUAGCUGGUUAUUGGACUCCAGCUUUAAAAAAUAACCCAUUAUGUCGCAACAAUUCUCAACUAGCUGAACUUGCUGAAGCAACAGAAGUUUAUGAACCCGCAUUAAAAAUUGACAAGUCUGAGGGCAGUUAUACAUCCUCCAUUUGUUCAUCCUUUAUCGAUGAAGACGUAUUAUAUAAACCCACUGUAGGUAUCGACGAAGAUGUUGGUUGGAAUUUGAUAAUGAAUCAGCCAUCUACUUCAUUCAAUACAACCUAUGUUAAAAAAGACACACAUUCUAUUGAAUUAGUAAAAGAAAACACUUCUAACCAAGAAAUUGGUGCAGCAAUGAAAUCUAGCAGUGAUAUUACAACAAAAGAAGAUCAAUUAGAAGAAUCUUCUGAGCAAGAUAAUCAAAAUAUUUUAUCUAGUGAAGAACCCAAACAUGUAGACCAAAGUUUCAAUGAUUUAUUAGAAUCCUAUAAUUUGAGAGCGAAGAAAUUGACCCUUCCUAAAGUGGAGGAUUUGUUUAAACAGUUAACAGACUCAAACUCAAUUGAACAACCUAAUGCUACUGAUUCAGAAAACUUGGACGAUGUAAGUUAAACAAAUUAUGUAUACAAAUAUUUGAAAUGUAUGAAAAUGAUUAUUAUUUUAAAUUUGCUACAUAAUUAUUAAUUAUUAAUUACAGUAUGAAAAAGACUAUGUUCAGGUUUCCAUACACCCAAAUCAUUUGAGCUUGGAUGUAAUUAUUAUUUGUAUUGUUAAUAUUAUUUUUUAACAUUUAUGAUACUAAUUUUUUGAAAAUAUGGUUUUAGCUUUUAAAACAGUAUUUAGAAUAUUUGUUUACGCCCCCAAAGGAACUCGGUUUAGUGUCUCAAGAUUACAUGUGUAAAAGUUGUAAUGAAACUAUUGGCAUUGGUUUUGGAGAAUAUUUGUGAGUAUUAAAAACAUAUUUAAUAUAUUUGAAUAAAUAUAUAUAUUUUUUUUUAUUUAGCAAAUGCAAUUUUACAUCAUGUUAUUAUUGUGUGCAUUGCUUUGGAUCAGAAACUUGGCCAAUACCUGUGAAAAUAUUGUUGGAUUGGGAUUUCAAACAAUAUCCUGUGUCAAACAGUAGUUCAUCAUUUUUAGGAGAAAUACAAUAUCACCCCCUUUUCAAUAUGAGGAGUACUCAUCACAAAUUGUACAAUGCUAACAAAGAAAUGAAAAAAUCAAAAGCAAGUGCAAAAAUAUAAUAAACUGACAAUAGAAUUAUCUUUAAAUGGCCACUUAUUAUUAUGUUGUAGGAAUUGCGUUGGCAAAUUUAUUAUAUGUAUAAUUACUUAUCUACUUGCAAGUUUUACAACAUUGAAGAAUUGUCCAAAGAAAUAUGGCCCCGUGUUUACUUUUUUAACAAUAUUCAUUUAUACUCAUUCUCAGUAAAUGCUUUUUAAUUUAGUGUGCAGAGAACUUAUAGUUUAAUUGUUUUUAUUCUGCAGGAUCUCCAAGAGAUCUAUUCUGGUACUUUAUUUGAAUUUCUAGAGUACAAGAUUGAAAUUAUCCGAGGACAUAUUUAUAAUUGUGCUGUGUGUAGCCAAAAAGGUUUCAUUUGUGAACUUUGUCAAAACCCUAAAAUAAUAUAUCCCUUUGACCUUCGCGAUAAUUAUCGAGUAAGAAUAUUAGCAAUUUAUUAUCAUUUAAAAUAAUUUUAUAAAUGACCAUCUAACUAAAAAAAAAUUUGUUGAUUUUUGUAUCAUCUUACAUUAUAUUUUGUUCAGUGAGAGUGAGUUUUGUUAGUCCCGGUAUUCCCACUAGUAAUGAACAUGCACAGAAUCAGUGCAUUCUCUCACUGGGCAUAGUAUAGUAUAGGAAAAAUAAUACCAUUAAAAUUUGUUUAUUAGUUAUGGUAAUUUUUAAAUCCUGUGCAAUGUCACAAGUUUUUUUUGCAGUUUAUAUACAAAUAAUGUAUAGCAAUAUUUCUCUGUGCUCUAACAAAAUAAAUGCUAAAGAACCUUUUUUUUAAAUCACCUAAUCAUAAGUAUUAAACAGUACCUUAUAACUAUCUAUUAAUGUAAUUAUUUAAGUAUCAUUUUGGUUCAAUAGUUCAGUAAAUAAUAAAAACUUAUCUACAUUAUAAUAUUAUACUUGUAUUAUAUUAUGGAUUUACUGUUCAUUGGAAACUAAAAUUCCAUUUUGCAUGUUCAGUUUUUAUAUACUCCUGGCGUAUUCUAGGUGAAAUUGUACUAAUCAGGUAUAUAAUAUUUUGACUGCUGUACAUUUUAAGUCUUUAGUGUGUCUUUAUAAAACCCUAUAUUUGCUUAUCUUUAUUUAUAAUAUGAUUUUUGCGGUCUUUAAAAUAUAAUUUUGUAUGUAUAAUGAAGGUCUUUUAUUGAAUGUGUGUUAACUAUGAUAUCAGUGUCAGUACCAUUAUAAUUAAAAUGAAUAUAAUGUGUUUUUCUUUUAAAUUAAAUUUGUUUGCAUUUUAUGUAGUUCACUUUUAUAUCAUUAACUUGAUACCAAUUAGUGAAGAGUGUUGAAUAUAUGUUGAAAGUUAUGGCAAUAGUCAAAAUUGUUUAUAUACAUUAUACAUUUUAUCAUCAGUUUACAAUUUCAUGUUACAAUUCACUGGUUCAAAGUCAUUUAUGUACAGAGUAAAUAAAUCUGCCAAUAAGACUCUUGAGGAAAUCCUGAUUUUGCAUGAAUGGGUUUAAAAAGUAUAUUAUUGAUCUUUACAUAAGUUACUCUGUCCAUUAGAUAGGAUUUGAACUAAUUUAGCAUAUUGUCAUGUAAACCUAUGAUUAUUAUUACCUAUAUUAAAAUGUAGGUAUGUAAUUUAUUAUUAAAAUAUUGAACCAAAAUGCAAUAUAAUUAUAAAAAUUGUUAGUUUACAAAGUACUUUUUAAUACCAAUAAUUAGAUACUUAAAAGUUAAAAAAGAAAUAAGUUUUUUAGCAUUUAUUUUACCUUAAAACAUGGCUGGAGAAAUAUUGUCAUGUAUUGUUAUGGCAAAUCAAUCUGGUUGAGAUGUUAAAAAUCCCUAUAACUAGCAAACAAAUUUUAGUGGUAUCUUGUUUUUCAUUAUAUAAUGUAUUAUAAUUUGAGACAGUCAAUUUUUAGUGCACAAAUCAAUUUUUCCAAUUUUCUUAUGACUUCUAUGAUUUAAAAAAACAAAAUUACCAAUUCAUAGAAUUAUUAUAGGUCAUAAAUCGACAACUUUAAUUAACUCUAAGCAGUUACUCUAUGCCUACAAUAAUAUUAAGUUUCUGUUUUUAGUGUCAUCGGUGUAAAUCAGUUUUCCAUCGAAAAUGUUACAGAGAAAAAAAAAUUUGUCGUAAAUGUGAACGAGAAAAAAUUAGAAAGAUUAAGAAUACUUCUAAUAGUGCCGAUGAAGAUGAUUGA